AUGAAAAGAAAGGCGAGUGGCUCUGCCCAAGGAGCGGCCUCCCCCUCCAAGAGAGCCAAGGCUUCAUUGAGCUCCCAAGAAGCACAGAAGCGAUUCCGCGACGGCCUAUUGGACCGAAAGAACCUCGACGCCUACCAGACCGAGUACGCAGAAUCCUCGCCCUACAAGCACGCAGUCAUCCACGAGCUAGUCAACGACAAGCUGCUGCGCUCCGUCCGCGAGGAAGUCCAGGCCAAUGUGCACUUUACGCCCAAGGAGACGGACAUCUACAAGAUCCACCAGUCAGGCGAUCUUGCCAACCUCGACGGCCUCGACGACGAGUCCCUCUCCAAGCUCCCUUCGCUGCUGGCGCUCCGCGAUGCCAUCUACUCCGAGUCUUUCCGCAGCUACGUCGCAGGCAUCACCGGCUGCGGCCCCCUCAGCGGUCGCAAGACCGACAUGGCCAUCAACGUCUACACGCCAGGCUGCUACCUCCUCUGCCACGACGAUGUCAUUGGCAGUCGCCGCGUCAGCUACAUCCUGUACCUAACGGACCCGGACACGCCGUGGCAGGCCGAAUGGGGCGGCGCGCUGCGCCUGUUCCCCGUACAAGAGAAGGAGGGUGACGACGGCGUCGUCGCCAAGACGCCGCUCCCGGACGUGGUCAAGAGCAUCCCGCCCGCGUGGAAUCAGCUCAGCUUCUUCGCCGUCCAGCCCGGUGAGAGCUUCCAUGACGUCGAGGAGGUGUAUCAUGCGGAGACCAAGGAGCAGCUAGAGAAGAACGGCGGUCGCGUGCGCAUGGCCAUCAGCGGCUGGUUCCACAUUCCCCAGCCUGGCGAGGAAGGCUUCGUUCAGGGUGAAGAGGAGAAGAACGCCAAGAACAGCAGUCUGAUGCAGCUGCAGGGCAACCCGGCUCAGUACGAUGCGCCCGAGGCCCGCGUUGUGCCAGUCACACAGACGGAGAAAACCAAGGCUGAGACCGAGGGCGAGGAAGAGGAUGAGUUCGACGAGGCCGAUCUCACAUUUUUGCUCCAGUACAUCUCUCCUACCUACCUCACUCCUGACACGCUCGGCCAAGUUUCCGAGUUCUUUCUCGAGCGCUCCAUCAUCACCCUGGACAACUUUCUCUCCAAAAAGUUCGCGGAGCGUCUGCGCAAGUAUGUUGAGGAUCAGGAGGCCAAGAGCCUUCCCGCGGAGAGCAGCGCCAUUGAAAAGACGACGCCCUGGAAGGUGGCCCGCCCGCCGCACAAGCAUCGCUACCUAUACCAGCAGCCCAACCUGCCCGAUGAGCUGCGCACCUCCCAGGAUGAGUCGCCCAUCACGGAGCUCCUUGACCACGUGUUCCCUAGCCGCGCGUUUCGCAAUUGGCUCGCGGUGGCUGCGCACGGCCUCGUCCAAAACCACGACAUCAUGGCGCGCCGCUUCCGCCGAGGACACGACUACACGCUGGCGACGAACCAUGAGGGUGCCGCCCGUCUGGAGAUGAACCUGUCCAUUACGCCAAGUGCUGGCUGGGGCGAGGAAGAGAGUAAGGAGACGGAGGAAGAGGAAGAGGAGCAGGAGCAGGCAGAGGAAGAAGCUCCCAAGCCGAAAGACAAGGGCAAGGGCAAAGCCAAGGCGGCGCCAGAAACCAACGGCAAAGGCAAGGCCAAGGCCACAGAGGGAGGCAGCGCCGAGGAAGCCGCGGAAGACAUUGAGGAUGUCGGUGGCCAGGAAGUGUACAUGGCUGACGACGACGACGACCAAGAAGAUGCCGCCGUCUACAAGGCCAGCAGCGACGAGGACAACAUCCUCUUCCACCAAAACGCCUCGUGGAACAAGCUGACCCUGGUGAUGCGCGACAGCGGCACGCUCAAAUUCACCAAGUACGUCAGCCGCAAUGCGCCAGGCGACCGCUGGGACAUCUGGGGUCUCUUUGACAUUGAGGACCAAGGGAGCGACGACGACGAUGGUGACGAGGAGGAGGCGGGCCCGUCCAACGGUGAAGUGGCGCUGGGCGAGUCGGAUCUUGACGAGACAUUCAACGGAUUUUCAGACUCGGGGGAAGACGAAUCCGACUGA